AUGAAAUAAAUCGACAGAUACCAAUAUAAUCCAAAAGACAUGCUUGGCAUGGGUACUACAGGAACAGUAAUGAAAAAUAUUCAAAAAAUAGGUUGUAAAAGCUAUUGAUGCUAAAAAGAACCAAUAUGCAAUAAGGAUAAUAAAAAAAAAUAGUAUAACAGACGAUGAAGGUCUCUAAAGUGCAUUGCUUGAUGAAAUGAAAUUAAUGCAAUAAUUAAAGCAUCCAUAAAUAGUUUAGUUAGUAGAAGUAAUACAAACAGACAAUAAUUAUUAUGUUGUCAUGGAACUUUGUAAAUAAGAUUUAUAAACUUAUUUGUAAUAAGUUCAUAAAUUACCUGAAUCUGAAUGUAUUAAGUUAUUGAUAGAUAUACUUCGAGGGUUCACUGAAUUAAUAAGCCAUGGAAUAAUUCAUAGAGGAUUAAAAUUAACAAAUAUUAUGUUAACAGAUAAAGGUUAUAAAUUAGCUGGUAUAAAUUAUUAUUAUAUUGAGAUUGUGGAUUAACAAAAUGUAUGGAGAAUUUUAAAAAGGACUAAUUACUUAAAGAUUAAGAUUUUAAGUUCCAUUCUCCUUAGGUGUUAUAAAACAGUAAAUAUACAAGCAAAUGUGAUAUAUGGUCAAUAGGAAUGAUAUUAUAUAAUGCAUUGUAUGGUUAUACACCAUGGAGUGGUGCUAAGAUAGAAUAAUUGUUACAUAAUAUUGAGCAUAAAUGGUUAGAUUUCCCUGAUGACUAAACAUCAGUAAGUGAUGAGAUGAAAUAAUUUAUAGAAGGUUGUCUAACAAUAGAAGAAGCAAACAGAAUGAAUUGGGAUGAAAUUUUCAAGAACAAAUUGGUUAAAGAUUAUUUUAAGAACUAUCAAACACAUAUAAAGGAAGAAUAAAUCAAGUUUUUAAUGAAUGAAUUAAGAUAGAAAAUUGUAAAGCAAAAUUUGAAUAUAAGUUAUUUAUUUUAAGAAUUUGAUCAAAAUGGUGAUCAAACAUUAUAGUUUUCUGAAUUAGUGUAAUUACUGCAUACUAUUGAUAAAAAUCUAAGUCGUUAAGAUUGCUAAGUGAUAUUUAAGAAAUUGGAUUUAGAUGGAGAUAAAUCUGUAUCAUUGGAGGAAUUUGAAAAAUGGAUCACAGAUAAUAAUACAAAGAUGGCAGUAAUAUCAAAAGUUAAAGGUCGUCAAAAUCAACGGAAUUCAGCCACUAAAUAAAUAACAUCUUUAAAAAACAUUUAAAAUAAUCCAGUAAAACAUAAAGAUAUUAAUCCUCAAGGCUUAACAAUUACAUAAUAAUCAAUUUUAAACCAAUCUUAAUCAACACCUCAUUUGAAUUAAAUGCCAAUUCAAGCAUAUAUGUUCGAUCCUGAUAAAAUUAUUUAAAAAUUACAAUUAACUAUUUAAAGAUACAAUAUCAAUGUUCAUGAUUUAUUCUCAAAAUUCGAUUAAGACUUUGAUAGUCUUUUGAGCUUUUAAGAAUUUGCUUAAUUAUUGAUGUAAUUUAAUAAAUUAUGAUUUUAGAAAGAUUUAAAGAAAUGCAUAACCUUAAGAAUUUCAAGCAGUAUUUAAGAUAUUCGAUUUGAAUGAUGAUAAUUUUAUCUCGUUUAUAGAAUUUAGAUAAAUAUUAAACUUAUACUAAUAGAAUAACUAAAAAUUAGAUAGCUACUUUUUUAAUACUGGCUAUUAAUAUUCUUAAUACAAUAAUCAAAUAAGUCCAUUUUAGUAAAUGGGAACUAUGUCUUAUAAUAUAUACUAAAAACAAAAUAAAACUUAUCCAGAUAUGCUUUGA